CAGAUAGAGCAACAAGUUACUUGAAACUAUGACUACAGAAAGAGCUAACCUUCAAAAUAGCAAAGCAGCUGUCAUUUGGUUCUAAACCAGGAGUGGGCAAAUUGGGAGCGGGUAAUUCAAUAUUGUGUCUUUUAAAGCUUUAAAUGAAGGACCAUGAGUUUAAACCGGCUGCAAAAAACUUCUCAUCGUUUUCAAUUGAUGAAUUUCAUGUUGUUAUUAAGAAUGAAGUGUCCUAUUGAAACAAGGAGGGAAAAUCAAAAGUAACUGCACAUAACCUGUGUACAGUGACCAGAUUUUAUAAUUGAAAACUGUAGCUUUGAAGAACAACUUCAGCUGUCUCCUCUGCAAGGACCUCCGAUCAAAAUGCACAAUGAAUGCUACUAAAUACAUACUUAUGACACAGCAGCCUCAGCUCCUUUACAGAGAUUUUAAUGAUACAACUGUGGCCAAUAACAGAAGCAGUCUGGGAUUCUGUGAACAAGUCUUCAUCAAAGCAGAGGUAUUUUUAACCCUUGGAAUCAUAAGCUUGCUGGAAAAUAUUCUUGUUAUACUGGCAAUCAUAAAGAAUAAAAACCUACACUCUCCAAUGUACUUCUUCCUUUGCAGCUUGGCCGUGGCUGACAUGUUGGUGAGUGUGUCCAAUGCACUAGAGACAAUUAUGAUGGCAGUUCUGAACAACGGUUAUCUGAGAAUCGAUGACCGUUUUAUCCGACAGAUGGACAACAUCUUUGACUCAAUGAUUUGCAUUUCGUUGGUGGCAUCUAUAUGUAAUCUUUUGGUGAUUGCAAUUGACAGGUACAUUACCAUAUUCUAUGCUCUCAGGUACCACAGCAUCAUGACAGCAAAGAAAACCUUUGCACUCAUCCUGAUCAUCUGGAUUUCUUGCAUCACAUGUGGUAUUAUAUUUAUCAUGUAUUCAGAGGAAAAAACAGUUAUAGUCUGUCUCAUUACAAUGUUUUUCACCAUGCUUGUCCUUAUGGCUACUCUUUAUGUCCAUAUGUUUAUGCUUGCACGAUUGCACAUUAAAAAAAUUGCUGCUCUCCCAGUAGACGGUGUGCUCCGUCAGCGCACGUGUAUGAAGGGGGCAGUUACAAUCACUAUUCUGCUUGGGGUAUUUAUUGUCUGCUGGGCUCCAUUUUUUCUUCACCUCAUUCUUAUAAUUGCAUGCCCUAAGAGUCCAUACUGCAUCUGCUACACAUCCCACUUCAACACAUACCUGGUACUGAUCAUGUGCAACUCUGUCAUCGAUCCACUUAUUUAUGCCUUUCGCAGCUUGGAAAUGCGUAAGACUUUCAAAGAAAUAAUUUGCUGUUAUGGCAUGAGUCUUGCUAUACGCUGCAAAUAGUGAUGUCUAAAGUCGAGGCUUUUCAGUACUGUCAGCAAAUACUAUGAAAUAUAUAUGCUAAAGAGCAGGGAAAUCACUUUUUGUGACUUUCAGUUUUUCUGGCAUUCUGCCCAGCCUCUUUCUGCACAUUGGAUUCACUUCUGUUUGUCUAAACAAAACACUUCACGUUAAGGAGGACAAAUAAUUAUUUCCACUGUGUGCGUGUGUGUGUGUGUGUGUGUGUGUGUGUGUGUGUGUGUGUGUGUGUGUGUGUGUGUGUGUAAUUUUUAAUGUAAAAUUGGAAUUCACUGAAAUGAUUCAUAUCUAUUACUAAGCAGCACUUGCCAUGGAAGAUUGCACUUUGCAUUGUUUUGUUUUUAUAUGUAUCAUUCCACCUUAAUUUUCUUCAUGGAAUUUGCACUAGAAAGCUACAGCUAUGUCAUGGAAUUGCUUAUAAAAUUCUGAAAUUUUUCUAAAAUGUAACAGGACCAGAUCAGUAUUAUUUACAGACUUCUUCACUAAACCAACCAAAAAAACUGUUGGAUAGCAUCUUUGAAAGGAAAACAGCUGGCAAACAAUGUGUCUCUGUUCUAACUUCUGCCAAAUAUCAAAAAGGUUAUGCAUUCCUUUUAAAAAACAAUGGAUGUCUCCACAAACAUUAAUGAAAUAUUUUAAACACAACUAAUUUACAGCACAACCACUAAUAUUUUACUUGCUAUGUGCAUGUUUCUGCUGAUAAGUAUAGUUGUAUGGGUGCCUGUUUUAACUGUAUUGUUGCUGAUCUGUAUGUGUUUUGGUUGACCUUUUUUAAAGAUUAUUUUCACUUCUGUUACAUAUGGAAAUGUCUGUUGUGUUGUGUGUGGCAUUUCAUUUCACAAAAUAUGUAGGCUAUAAAUUAUUUAGUUUGCUACCU